AGCAGCAACGCGCCGUUGCCGAGUACCGAGUGAGACGGUCGUCGCGACUCCGAGCAAAUUCGGGUGAUUCCGUGGCGUCGUUCGUGCGAGAAGUGUCGCGAGGAGUGUCGCGAGGAGUGUCGCGAGGAACGUCGCGAAGGGCCGGCUGCCCGAGGUGUCCGACCGCGUUGCGCUCGUCAUGCAGUCCGCGCCUCGCUCCGAUUGAAUCUCGAGGGUCGCGACGGCACGCAAAUGACCGACAUCGGCGGCAUCAGCAUGGUGUCCUUCUACAACCCGUUGGCCAUGUACCGGCAACAGCAACAGCAACAGCAGCAGCAGCAGCCCCAGCACCAGCAGCACCAGCAGCACCAGCCGCAGCCUCAGCCGCACCAGCCGCAGCCGCAGCCGCAGCCGCAGCCGCAGCCGCCGACGCCGACGCCGGCGGCCGCCCCCGAGGGCAGCCAGCAGUACUGGUACGGGUAUCAGCACGUGCACCACCACCACCACCACGGCCACCAGAGCGCCGGCAGUCCCCAGCAGUACCUGGACCACGCCGACGUGAUCGCCUGGCCCUCGCACUCUGCCCACUACGCCCACCAUCUCCAGUACCAGCACCACCAGGCCUACCCGACGCACCACCAGCCGCAUCACCUCCACCACUUGGCCCAGCAGCAGCCCCUCGCCGCCGGGGCGACCGAGUGGAGCGGCGACGAGGCCAACCACUCCGCCGUCGUCGGCGAGCCCAGCCCGCCCAUCACCGUCAGCGGCAGCGAGGUGAGCAGCCCCGGGACGCCGGCGACGCCGCCCGCCAACAACAACAACAACAACAACAACGACGCUCCCGGCACGCCGGUCAGGUCCUCGCAGAUCCGCAGCCCCUACGAGUGGAUGAAGAAGCCCUCCUACCAGAGCCAGCCGAACCCAGCCUGCAAAGCAGCCGCGACGUCGGCGCUGCACGAGCUCUGCACCCUGGACGCCCUCGGGAAGACUCGGACCAAGGACAAGUACAGAGUGGUCUACACGGACCAUCAGCGGCUGGAGCUCGAGAAGGAGUUCCACUACAGUCGCUACAUCACGAUUCGCCGCAAAGCGGAGCUCGCGGCGAACCUCGCGCUCUCGGAACGACAGGUAAAGAUCUGGUUCCAAAACCGGAGGGCGAAGGAGCGCAAGCAGGUGAAGAAGCGCGAGGAGCUGGAGCAGAAGGACGCCAAGCCGCCCGAAGGACUGGCGGCCCUGGCAGGAAUGGGCGGUAUGGGCGGUAUGGGCGGCAUGGGUGGCAUGGGCGGCAUGGGCGGCGUGGCCGCCAUGGGGAGCGGCAUGGGUGGCGUGGGUGGCGUGGGUGGCGUGGGUGGCGUGGGUGGCGUGGGGAGCGGCAUCCUGGGCGGCCUUGUGCACAACGCCGGUCUCGCUCCGCCGCCGCCCUCUCUGGCCCUCGGCCAUCCGCAUCCGCACACGGUGCUGGGCUUGUGA